AUGGAAGGCAAAAGGCUAAUCAUUGUGUUGCCAUCAAUGAUGAUGAUUGUGGUGUUGCUAUGCACAAUAUUUGAAGGCAGUCUGGCCACCUCCUCUAUUGUCUUUUCUUUGAGCGGGAAUGCUUAUCCUAAAGGGGCCUACUUCGUGGACAUCCAUAUAGGAGACCAAGCCGAGCCAUUUGAGCUUCACGUUGAUACUGGUAGUAGCCUCACUUGGGUCAAGUGCGUAGAACCUUUUGAGAAUUACGCUCAGCCCCAAGAAGGUCUAUACAAACCGCCAAAACAUAGCAUUGUGCAAUGUCAGGAUCCCUUAUGUGCUGUUGUUCAAGGAAAGAAAUAUAAUUGUGAAAACACAACAAAUCGAUGCGACUAUAUUUUUGAAUAUGAUGAUGGCAGUUUAGCUCAUGGUUAUCUAGUCAAUGACCAUUUUCAUCUGCGCCUUUUCAAUGGCUCUAUCAUUCGUUCACUUUUGGUAUUCGGGUGUGGAUACAAACAAACGGGAGCUUUUGAUGGGGCUGGAAUCUUUGGUCUAAGUAGGGGUCCGCUUGGCUUCUCAUCACAAAUACAUUCACAGGGUCUAACACAACAAGUGACUAGUCACUGUUUAAGUAGUAGAGGAGGUGGCUUUUUGUUCAUUGGAGACGAUCUUGUUCCUCCUUCAGGAAUCUCUUGGACGCCUAUCACAAGCACAAGUAAUCAUGGACAGGACUACGGAUCAGGACCAGUGGAGCUCUUGUUUAAUGGAAGUUCAACUCAAGUAAGAGGACUUCAAUUCAUUUUUGAUAGUGGAUCCGACUUAUCCUACUUAAACCACCCUCCCUACCAGGACACACUUGAUUGGAUUAGCGAUGCCCUGAAAAGAACACCAUUGAUUCGUACACAACCGAUGGGAAUCUUUCCUAUUUGUUGGAAACACAAUAAAAGUCCUAUUAGAUCCUUUGAUGAUGUUAAAAACUACUUCAAGAGCCUGACCUUGAACUUCACAAAUGUACCAAACGUUAAGCUGAAUUUACCAGUCCAUGCUUAUCUCAUACGUGUUGGGGUAAACGUGUGCUUGGCUAUUUUAGAUUGUGGCCAAGUAGAUGUAGAAAAUCCGAAUGUAAUUGGAGUCUUUUCGAUGCAAGAUAAGUUGAUGAUCUAUGAUAAUGUUAACCAUCGCAUUGGAUGGGCUUCUAGUAACUGCAACAUGCCCGCAUGGCGUUAA